UCGCGAUAACAUACUCGUUCGUUGGCUCGUAUCCAAAAAUACUCGUAUACAACAAAACGCACGUGCUCGCCUUCUCAGCUCUCCCGGUUUGUGUGCUCUCAGGACUGCGAUGUGCGCGUAUCUUUUGUGAACUGUGUUUUUUCUGAAACUUACAGGUGACAAUGCAGCACGCUACAGGUUCUCCCCAGCAGUUUUGCCUGCGUUGGAACAACUACCAAUCCAAUUUGACCAACGUCUUCGAUCAGUUGCUCCAAAGCGAAUCCUUCGUCGAUGUAACCCUAGCUUGCGAUGGACAUUCCGUCAAAGCUCACAAAAUGGUUCUAUCAGCAUGCAGCCCUUAUUUCCAAUCGUUAUUCUUCGAAAACCCCUGUCAGCAUCCCAUAGUGAUAAUGCGUGACAUUAAAUGGCCGGAAUUGAAAGCGGCUGUGGAAUUUAUGUACAAAGGUGAGAUCAAUGUGUCUCAAGAGCAAAUCGGUCCUCUUCUAAAAGUCGCCGAAUCUCUGAAAAUCCGCGGCCUAGCCGACGUAAACGGGGAACAAGACGUGGUGGCACCAGCUGGUGAAUUGACCACGCGUCCUUCGUCAAUCAAACCCGCAUCCACUCCAAUUUUAAACAGAUCAGAUUGGGAUAAUCGUUCGCAUCACGACAUGGACGGAGAUCCGAGGGCGAAGAAGAGACGCAGACCUUCUGGAGAACGAAGCAGCCUGAGUAGCCCAGCUGAAAGUGCGAGCGGAGCCGAUAUGCCGGAACCUCCUCCGUCUGUGGAGAUGUCUCCGGCCCCGUCCGUCGCGACGCCUCUGCCGCCGACGUCUCAGAACGCUGCGGCGGCCGCAGAACCUCUUCAGUUGACUUUGCCGCUGCCUCAGCAGCAACCGCCGUCUUCGGCCGCCGACGAUAUGGAAAUCAAACCCGGCAUCGCCGAGAUGAUUCGUGAGGAGGAAAGGGUGAGUUUUCAUUUUUUUUUAUGA